AUGCCGAAACACCUGAUCCAUCCGUCGGAGGCAUUGACAACCGUUACGCACCAGGGAGACCAUGUGGCCUGCGAAGCGCUGAAAUGGAGAACACCUUCGAAGAUACAGAAGGAAGCGAUACCCGUGGCUCUUCAGGGACGGGAUAUCAUCGGUCUCACCGAGACAGGAUCUGGGAAAACGGCAGCCUUCGCGUUGCCGAUCCUACAAACGCUUCUGGAGAACCCCGCUCGGCUUUUCGCAUUGAUUCUGACCCCAACAAGAGAGUUUGCUUUCCAAAUCUCGGAACAGUUUGGAGCUUUAGGUUCAACGAUCGGCAUCAAAAGCGCUGUGAUCGUCGGUGGAAUCGAUUUGAUGACUCAAGCGAUGAUGCUCGCCAAAAAGCCUCACGUCGUAAUCGCAACACCCGGCCGACUCAUUGGACAUCUGGAGAACACUCCGUUCCAUAACCGGAAAACGUUUUUUCCGUAG